CCCCAUCUCUCCAGGAGAGAGUGAGUGAGCCAGCCAGCCAGCAAGCGAGCGAGCGAGGGGCUCUUGAUCCUCGCGUCCCUUCUUCCCUCUAGGCGGGACUGACGUGGACUGUCAGGAGCCCCAAUUCCCAAGGAGGAAUUCCAAAGCGUUUUGCGAUCCCGGUUGGAAAAGCUCAGCGCGUACGCGUUUAAUGGCCUCUUGAUCAAGUGACUCCAUCCCUCUCCUCCUCCCCCUCAUCAUCAUCUUUCGAGAAUGAGGAGGACGUAUUGUGGGCUUGGUCUUGAGGAUCAAAACGGCUGAUGCUGCUCCUGUCAAUGCUCAGGACCACACUGCUGACAGGAAGGGCGGAAAAUGUGGUUCUUGGCACCUUGAGAUACGAGUUGAAGCAGUCCCCGGUGGUGGCCAGUGGGCAUGGUUUUGGAGGGUAGCUCCGAGGCGCUGUGUCCCCCCCCGUCGUUGGAGCUGCGCCCAUCCUGCAACAAGAGCCAGCCCUCGCCCCCUUUGGGCUCCAGUUCUCAGCUUCCGGACGGAGUCUUUCCCAAUGACAGGGAGACCGUCACGUACGGCGAGCUCAUCGUCUUGGGGCACAAUGGCUCGCUGGCCAGCGGAGACAAAGGUCGCAGGAAGAGUCGCCUGGCCCUUUAUAAGAGACCAAAAGCCAAUGGGGUCAAACCUGAUGUCAUCCACAACAUCUCAACACCUCUUGUGUCCAAGGCACUCAGCAACAAAAGCCAGCACAGCAUCUCAUACACGCUCUCUCGUAGCCACUCGGUCAUCGUGGAGUACACGCAUGACACAAACACCGACAUGUUCCAGAUCGGCCGCUCCACGGAGAGCAUGAUCGACUUUGUGGUGACGGACACAUCCGGCGGGGGCGGCGGCUGCGCCAGCGGGGAGGGGGGCGGAGGUCAGUCGGCGCAGAGCACCAUCUCCCGUUACGCCUGCCGCAUCAUGUGCGAGCGCAACGCCCCCUACACGGCCCGCAUAUACGCCGCCGGCUUUGACUCCUCCAAAAACAUCUUCCUGGGGGAACGCGCCGCCAAGUGGAGGACGUCGGACGGCUUGAUGGAUGGACUGACCACCAACGGCGUGCUGGUCAUGCACCCAGCCGGCGACUUUGUAUCCGAGCCGGCUCCGGGCGUCUGGAGGGAAAUUUCCGUCUGCGGCAAUGUCUUCGCCCUGAGGGAGACCCGAUCGGCACAGCAGAGGGGAAAAUUGGUGGACAACGAGUCCAACACCCUCCAGGACGGCUCCCUGAUUGACCUAUGCGGGGCUACGCUGCUGUGGCGGACUCCCAGCGCCCUGCGCCGCACACCCACCCUCAAGCAGCUGGAGUCCCUGCGCCAGGGUCUGAACGCCGCUCGGCCGCAGUGCCCCGUGGGCUUCAACACCCUGGCCUUCCCCAGCCUGGCCCAGCGCGAAAUAGUGGACAAGAAACAGCCCUGGGUGUACGUCAACUGCGGCCACGUGCACGGCUACCACAACUGGGGCUACCGCAAGGAGAAAAGCCCCGCCGGGCCGGGGGGCACGGCCCCGGCCGCCACGGGCGAGAGGGAGUGCCCCAUGUGCAGGCGGGUGGGCCCCUACGUGCCGCUGUGGCUGGGCUGCGAGGGGGGCUUGUAUCUGGACGCCGGAGCGCCCACCCAUGCUUUCUGCCCCUGCGGCCACGUUUGCUCCCAAAAGACAGCGGCGGGAUGGAGUCAGAUCCCGCUGCCGCACGGCACGCACGCCUUCCACGCCGCCUGCCCCUUCUGCGGGACCUGGUUGACGGGAGAGCGGGGACACAUUAAACUCAUCUUCCAAGGCCCCGUCGACUGAAGCCAUCAGGACGCCACAUCUGGACACAGCCCUUUGGUUUGCUCCGUCACCACGCUCAUCUCCCCGAAUCACCUUCCUUCAUUGAAAUCAAAGACAAUUAUUCGUUCCAACGGUAAAAACAAACGCAAUUCCUUUUUAACACGUGAAAGCCAGACUGAGGGACCACGUGGUACAUUGUGUGUAUGUGUGAGUGUGUGUGCAAAAUUUGUAAAUAAAUUAUGUGGACAUGA